AUGUCUGAGCUCGCCUUAUUCUCUACCAUGGUCUGUCCCAUGCCAUUCACACUCAGAAAGAGGAUGUUCCACUUCCUCAGUGAAAACCCAGUCGUCGCCAAAGUCCAGUACGGACUGAAGAUAACGUUUAUAUUUGUGGCGGUGUUAUUUGUAGACGCUGUUCAAAGAAUGGUUAGAAUCGCUCAAGAAGGAGCUGCCGCCAAGGCCAAACCCGAUAUGGUAGAUGCCAGGACUGAGACGAACUACGCCGCCAGACGAUUUUACGCUCAACGAAACUUAUACCUCACCGGUGCUACCUUGUUCCUUUCCCUUCUCCUCGCUAGAGUAUUCUACAUUGUCCUUGAUUUCAUUCACGUCCAAGAGAACUACACCGCCCUCCAAACCAAGGUCGCUAAGCAAAGUGGUGCUUCAGGCGAGAACGAGGAACUGCGAAAGCAGAUUAAAGAACUUGAAGCUCAGUUGAAACUUAGUCAAGGCAAAGACCGAGAUUUUGAAACCCUCAAGAAACAAGCUAACCAACAAAAUGCCGAAUACAAUCGAUUGGCUGAUGAGCACAACAAAGCUACCGGUUCGGUAUCAAGCAAGAAGGCCGACUAA